UAGUCUGUCGAGGGAGUUACCGCAGUGAGUAGCCCUAACUCCAGGUAGACAUAAUAUGGACCUCAGGAGAGACACAAAGUGUGUCUGCACGCACAGAUGGAAAAUCAGGGAAGGCUUCCUGGAGGAGGUGCCAUUUAAACUUGGUCUUGAAGGAUGUGUGCAGAUUUGCGAGGUGGACUCUGAGGGUAGGGAUGCUCCCGGAAGAAUGCAUAGCCUAUGCAAAAACUAGAGAGGUGAAUAGCCUGGCAAGCUGGGGCUAGCUUUAAGUAGCUCAGGGUAGUAGGGUACAAAGGAAGAGGUGAGACUUGGGCAUUAGAAAAUGAGCCCAGGGGUCACAUUUGUACUGGGCUUCCCUAAAUGCUUGGAGGAGCAUUGAUUAAAGCACUGAGACAUCUGUCUCAGUGUGGAGGAUGAAUUGAAUUUAGGGGGUAGGGUAGGGAACUGAGGACCUGGAGACUAGUUAUGAUCCUGGAAAGGAUGCCAGACAAGAGAUGACCUAAAGUAGAAUGGAUCUGCCUGUGGAUGAGUGGAAAUCAUAUAUAUUUCAGAAGUGGUCUUUGCUCCCAAAGUCCAUUCAGGACACAAUUUCUACGGCAGACACUUUAAGGGAUAUCUUUCUUCACUCCUCUUCACUUCUUCAACCUGAGGAUGAGAUGUUUUUAAAAAGUCUCUCUAGAGGUUACCUGGUGGGAAAGGACCCCAAUGCUCCCCCUUUCUACAGAGAAGAAGGAAACAAAAAAUUUCAGAAGAAGGAUUAUAUGGGAGCCACAGUGCUGUACUCUAAGGGAAUAUCGCAUGCAAAACCUCACAGUGCAGACAUUUCACUGUGUUAUGCCAAUCGCUCUGCGGCCCUUUUCUACCUGGAUGAGUAUGAAAUGUGUCUUAAAGACAUCACGAGAGCACAGAUGCAUGGGUAUCCAGAAAGUUUGCAACCCAAGGUGACGUUGCGUAAGGUCGAAUGUCUGGUGACCCUAGGGAGACUACAGGAGGCAGGCCAGACCAUCAGGGAUCUUGAAAGUGACUUUGCUGCCAAACCAAGCCUAGCAGCUGCCCAGUUUCAAAUUCUGCAGAGAAACCUCUGUCGUCUGAAAAUGAAGGUACAAGAAAGGGAGAAUCUCACAGCAUCCUUCCCAGCAACUCUAACGAAAGCCUUUGAGGAUAUGGACCUAAGGGAAGAGAAUGAACAGAUUCCCGGUGCAUCAUCAUCUGUCAGCCUAUGCAUGGACCCUUUAAAAGGCCGCUAUCUGAUUGCCACAAAAGAUAUUCUCCCGGGAGAGCUCUUGGUGAAGGAGGAUGCUUUUGUGAGUGUCCUUAACCUGGGAGAAAGGCCACCACUACAUCAUGGCUUAGAGAGCAAGUGGGAUACCCAAGUUACUAAUGGGGACCUCUACUGUCACCGAUGUUUGAGGCACACUUUGGCCACUGUUCCCUGUGAUGGUUGUAGCUACGCCAAGUACUGCAGCCAUGAGUGUAUGCAGCAGGCCUGGGAUCUCUACCAUAAUAGAGAGUGUCCUCUAGGGGGCCUGCUGCUCACCCUGGGUAUCUUUUGCCACAUCGCCCUGAGGUCGACUCUUUUAGCUAGAUUUGAGGAUGCCAGCAAAGUCAUAAGAAAGCUCUGUGUUGAGAUGACUAACAAGGACAUGUGUUCACCUGAAAGUGAGAAUCUGGCACAAACACCCAGUUCUGACCUGGGAGGGGAGAGUGAGAAAAAUGGCACAACAGUUAAGACCCCAGUUCCAGGAUGUGAUCUUAAUGGCAAAUACGAGAAUAACUAUAAUGCUGUCUUCCACCUCAUGCCCCAUACUGAAAACCAUAGCCCAGAGUACAAAUUCCUCUGUGCUCUCAGUGUGUCCGCGCUCUGCAGGCAGCUCGAGACAGCCGAUUCCUCAAAGCCGGCCACAGCGCCUCCUGCCUGGUGUUCCGAGUUGAGUGCCUGGGGAGUGGCCAUGUUGAAGCACAUGCUCCAGCUGCAGUGCAAUGCUCAGGCAGUAACGACCAUUCAGCAGCCAGCACUUUCAGGAUCUAAAGAGAACAGCGUUAGCAACAGCAGACAGGUCCGCCUUGCCACAGGCAUCUUCCCUGUUGUCAGCCUCCUGAACCAUUCCUGCAGCCCCAACACCAGCGUGUCCUUCAUUAGCACAGUCGCCACCAUCCGGGCAUCAGAGAAGAUUGGAAAAGGGCAAGAGAUUCUCCAUUGCUAUGGGCCUCACCACAGCAGGAUGGCUGUUGCCGAGAGGCAGCAGAAGCUCAGGUCUCAGUACUUCUUUGACUGCGGCUGCCCGGCCUGUCAGAAGGAGAAGCACCAGGCUGCUGUCGGGCCCCGGUGGGAGGCAUUCUGUUGUGACCGGUGCGGAGCGCCCCUGCAGGGAGGUGACAUUCUGAGCUGUGGCAGCACAUCCUGUACGGAACCAGUCAGCAGGGAUCGCCUCAUCCCCCGAUUACAGGACCUUCAGCAGCAGGUUGGGCAGGCCCGGAAGCUUUUCGGAAGUGGUCAGCUAGAGCGAGCCAUUCAGCUGUUGUUGGGGUGUCGGCAUGAUGCUGAGAGCUUCCUGUCAGCAGAACACAGCAUGGUAGGAGAAAUGGAGGAUGCCCUGGCCCAGGCCUACGCUGCCUUAGGGGACUGGCAAAAGUCAGCUACCCAUCUCCAGAAGAGUCUACGAGUGGUAGAGGUUCAGCAUGGGCCAUCCAGUGUUGAAAUGGGCCAUGAGCUCUUCAAACUGGCCCAACUCUUUUUCAACGGGUUCGCAAUCCCAGAAGCACUGAACACAAUACAGAGGGCAGAAAAGGUUCUGAUGGUGCACUAUGGCCCUUGCAAUGACGAGAUCCAGGAGCUACAGAAGAUGAAAUCUUGUUUAUUGGACUUGCCACCCAUCUCAUUGGGGCCUUCAGUGUAGAACCCAAGGUUUUCUUCAGAUAAUUAACUAUCCUCCCGUAAAAACUCCCAGUUCCCAGAAAAGACUUCAAACUGGUGUCUGGAGAGCCUAAACCCUUUAAAAGGAUUUUAGCUGAUCUGCAGGCAUCUGGAUGUUAGCCUGGGGUUUUGGCUAGACUCCAUCUCACUAAAUGAUGAUAGUCUUUCCCUGGAACAUUCCUGUGGUUUCUAGUAGUAAUGACAUGUUAUGUACCACUCCAGUGGGAAGUUACACUCUUAGUAGUUGUGUUGUAAUUGAAAAAUAAUUAUAAAGCAAGAAAUCACCGAGGCUCCUUACCUCUAGAGAUACCAUUUCAUGUAUCGGAUCUAGCUUUCUCGAAUCCUUUGUUAAAACUGGUACAGUGUAAAUUGUGAAUGGAGAAAUAAGUAUGGGGCCACUUUAUUGUUGGGCAAUCUCUUCCUGGGAUGGCAACUCUAAAUUUGUCUCCUGCCAGUUUUCCAGUCCUUAUUAUCUGCCUCUCAUUAUGUACUCUUGGCAGACCCGCUGACCAAACACUAAUAGGAUCAUUGCUGCUUGUGGUUUCAGACUCCAGCGACAGAAGGGAGGGGUGAUAGCUCUUUCCUGCCUGGAUGUGUAGAGCAAUAGUCUAGAUUUGCAUCCUGGCCAGAAGGCUGGGAGACUCUCUGUUCUGAACCCUGAUGGCCAUAUCACUGUCCGUGACCGAGUGGUUCCAGUGAGUUAGUGGAAAGGAACGUCAGGUCCACGCUGCUUUGACAGCUUGCCCUCCCUGGACUGCCCAGGAAGUCCCUGCUGCUAGCCUCAGCAUUAUCAUCAGGAAAUGAAUAGCCUGGAGAUGUCUGGCAGUAGCUUUUCGGGAAACUGAGUGUUUAGAACACAGUUUACAUUCAAAAACGUGAGUGAAGGUCAGGCAGAAUCUAAUUUAUUCUUCUUUCUACUAAUUCACUGUGGCAAGGCAGUGGCCAGUGAGAUUUUUUUUUUCAUGGAGAUAAAUUUUUCUUCUUGAAAAUUUAGUCCUGAGGACAGCUCUGUAUUCUGUUCCAAACACUUGUCAUGUUUCAUGUUCCUAAAAAAAGGUCCUCUUAUACUCUGUAAAAUAGGCAUGCUUCCUUAAAAAGAAUGUGUUUAGAAUUUUCACAUAUCAGGUUCCCAUUUUAGGUAUACUUUGGGAGCUUUCCUUAAAUGCUUUAUGAAACAUUAAGUUACAGAUUACAUCUCUUAUCUGUCCGUGUGUUAUCCUGUGUUGUCAGGUGACAUUAGCUUGACUGGGGGAUAUCUGUGCUUGCAUGAAAAGCUGAAGUUUUGGGGCACCUGGGUGGCUCAGCCGGUUGGGCAUCUGCCUUCGGCUCAGGUCAUGAUCCCGGGGUCCUGGG